AUAAUUUUUAGUGGCCUCUUGGGGUCACUGGGCCCAACAAUGAGCUCCGACCCUAUGGUUAAGAAACACUGUCCUAAAUGACAAAUUACAAAUAUUUUUAAGUAACAAAUGGGUGGCUGGAUGUAUCUAUUGUGUUAUCAAGCUCAAAUUUAUAAGAAUUAUACACAUUAACGGCGUCACUUGCCGUUAGUUCGGUCACAUUCAGCAUCAUUUUUAGAGCGGAUGAACAUGGAAAAUGCUUUGGCACGCAACCAUGUCGCAAUCUUAGAAAGGACUCGAGGAAGCAUGCAACUAGGUGAUGCUUUUCCCAGAAAGCGCAUUUUACAAGCAAGCUCUCUGGUCAUUGCACAGCUGCACUCACGUAAACACGGCGCCUACUUCUUCCUUUCGCUAUUUCUCUUAAACAAACACCCAUCCAACUGAGAUAAACGGGCUUCAAAUCAAAACAGAGCGGGUCAUCAGAGGUUUGUAUUUUAGGAUGACGCAGUGGGAUGUGUGCGUGUUGUGCAAUUGCUACAGUGGAUGAAGGAACCACAUCCUGGAGGUUUACGCUUCCUGCUUCUCUAACUUUCUAUAUUGCUGACUCUAACCCCCUUCUUGCAUUUAACAAUCAAGUCAGAGAGGGGCAUCUUUACACAGAAAAUCACAGACGAGGGAUGUAUCUACAGAUGACCCAGGAUGGGAGAGUAUCCGGAAGUGAAGUCCAGACGCCUUACAGUUUGCUUCAGUUGCAGUCGAUACAAACAGGCCACAUCGCCAUUAAAGGUCAGAGGUCAUCCCUGUUUCUAUGUACAGACAGUGAGGGCUCUCUGAGGGGGCAGACACACUUCUCAGAGGACGAUUGCAGUUUCAGAGAAUUGCUGCUGGCGGACGGAUACACACGUUUCCUGUCCGCACAGCACGGACUUCCUGUGUCGCUGGCGUCCAGGCGUUCCCCUGAUCGACACGCGAUACCCUUCACUAGAUUCCUGCCACUCAAGGAUACUCUUCCAGCGGAGGCUGCAUCCGAGGAUCCUCCAAAACCAGAGACCUACGUCAACUUGGACUCUGAAGACCUUCUCGGAAUGGGUCAGAAUUCCAUGCUCAGUCCUCAUUUCUCAGUGGACAAUUGAAGAAGGAAAGAGUGAACAUUUACGGGUGAAUGUAUUUAAUUAAAUUAAGUAUUUAAAAGCAUCCAUUCGAAAAGAAUUGUGGACUGUAUUUUAAAAUAUACCUUCAAGAUUGAUAAUAUUCUAUUUUAUUUAUUUAAGUGUGCUUCGUUUGUGUAUUUAUAAUAAGAUAAUGAUUAUUUUGAAUGUUUUUUUUACUGUGAAAGGGUGGUUCAUUCUGAGCCAGAUGGUUAUAUUUGAACAUUUUAGGCACUUUGUCAGACUGGAAAACAU